AUGUUUGGAGAUUUCUAUAGCACCCCUGAGCCGAACAGAACCGACCCGAACGGAACCGAGCCUCCCGCACAGGUCACCAUGCUGUCAGCCCGCACUCUGAUCGCUGGGGUGUUCCUCUUCAUAAUCAUGAUAUCAGGGAGCUGGAACCACAACGCCCUGGGCCCAGGAUGUCACCUCCACUCCUUCAACGUGACGAUAAGGAGUGACCGGCGUGGGACUUGUCGUGGAACGCACGUGGCCCAGGCCUGCGUGGGGUUCUGCGAAUCCAGCGCCUUCCCCUCCAAGUAUUCAGUCCUGCUGGCCAGCAACUUCCAACACAACAUCACCUCCGUGUCCCAGUGCUGCACCAUCAGCAAGAUGCAGAAGAUUAAGGUCCGUCUGCACUGUGAAGGGGCGAGGCGAGAGGAGAUCGAGAUCUACACUGCAGAGGCCUGUCAGUGUGACAUGUGCAGACUGUCCCGCUACUGACAUGGAG